AUGCCUUCAACAGCGAGCGAGGCUGAGUUCCUUCUCAGCUGCAUAAUGCACACCGAAGGAAAGACCGACUUUGAAGCCGUCGCUAAAGAAACCGGGUAUACGAAUACUGGAUCCGCAUUCAACCGCCUUACCUCCCUCAAGAGGGGCUUUCUCGCAAAGAAUAAUAGUACCGGUACCGGUAUUACGAAGAGCACCACCGCUUCCCCGGUAAAGAAAAAGGCACCAGCAACGCCACGGAAGGCGAGAAAGUCCACCUUGAAAAGAGUUGAGAGGGAGGAUGAUUCCAUAAGUGAUGGGGCCGGUAGUGGGUCAAAGGGGAGUUCGAAGGCUGUAAAGACCGCCAGCUAG